UACGGAAGAAGAAGAAAGAAAUAAAGGAGACGCCUUUUCUUCCUCUUCCACCCAAAAAAAAUCCCAUUUUUACCUCCCCGUUCGCCCCCUCCCCAUUCAAAUCCAGCGCCAUGGGUCCCGAUUCCUCGCCCGUGGCCGCCGCCCUCCUCCUCCUCCUGGCCCUGGCCUCCACCGCCGCCGUCUCCUCCUCCGCCAGCAUGUCCAUCCUGAGUUAUGGGGAGAGGAGCGACGAUGAGGUCCACCGUCUCUACCAGGCCUGGAAGGCGCAGCACGCCCGGUCCUACAACGCGCUCGACGAGGACGAGCAACGCCUCGAGAUCUUCCGCGAUAACCUCCGCUUCAUCGACCAGCACAACGCCGCCGCCAACGCCGGCAAGUACUCCUUCCGCCUCGGCCUCACCCGCUUCGCCGACCUCACCAACGAAGAGUACCGCUCCACCUACCUCGGCGUCCGGACCGCCGGCUCCCGCCGCCGCCGGAACUCCACCGUCGGCAGCAACCGGUACCGGUUCCGCUCCAGCGACGACCUACCGGACUCCAUCGAUUGGAGGGACAAGGGCGCGGUCGUGGAUGUCAAAGACCAAGGCAGUUGCGGGAGCUGCUGGGCAUUCUCAACCAUUGCAGCGGUGGAGGGGAUCAACCACAUCGUGACCGGCGAUCUGAUAUCGCUGUCGGAGCAAGAGCUGGUUGACUGUGACACCUACUAUAACCAGGGCUGCAAUGGGGGGCUCAUGGAUUAUGCAUUCGAGUUCAUCAUCAGCAACGGGGGGAUUGAUACCGAUGAGGACUACCCUUACACGGGCCGGGAUGGUAGCUGUGACCAGUAUAGGAAGAAUGCACAUGUUGUUACCAUCGAUUCAUACGAGGAUGUUCCGAUUAACGAUGAGAAAUCUCUGCAGAAGGCAGUAGCAAACCAACCUGUUAGUGUUGCUAUUGAAGCUGGUGGCAGGGCAUUCCAACUUUAUGAAUCGGGAAUAUUCACUGGAUACUGUGGGACUGAGCUGGACCAUGGUGUAACUGCGAUAGGUUAUGGCAGUGAGAAUGGCAAGUACUACUGGAUUGUGAAGAACUCAUGGGGAUCAGAUUGGGGAGAAUCUGGGUACAUAAGGAUGGAGCGCAAUAUUAAUUCAGCCACAGGCAAGUGUGGUAUUGCAAUGGAGGCAUCAUAUCCCAUAAAGAAUGGCCAGAACCCGCCCAAUCCUGGUCCAUCACCUCCUUCCCCUUCGAAGCCUCCGACUGUUUGUGAUAGCUACUAUUCCUGCCCAGAAAGCAUGACAUGCUGCUGUGUCUAUGAAUUUGGAAGCUACUGCUUUGCAUGGGGAUGCUGCCCACUUGAGGGUGCAACCUGCUGUGAAGACCACUAUAGCUGCUGCCCUCAUGACUAUCCCAUUUGCAAUGUUCAGGAAGGAACUUGCCUAGUGAGCAAGAACAACCCACUGGGAGUGAAGGCUACGAAACGCAUUCCUGCAAAGCCAUAUUGGGCUUACUUUGGUGCUCAAGGCGAGAGGAGCAGUGCUUGAGAAUGCAUUGUUUAUCGCGCACGAAGAAGUAUGGAAGUGAUGGAAUUGGUACUCGACGCCUGUGCGCUCGUCAUGAAUUAGAGAGCUGUUCCUGGCCUAUUUGAUGAUAAUCAGAAGCUCUUGUAGAUAUAUCUGUCAGUUGUCAGAUUAAUUAAACAACAUUUUUAUAACACUUUGCUUUUAUAAUCAUGUAGAUUAAUUCAACUGGAUUCAGAUGUUGUUUUAAUGAGCUGUAUUGUUUCCCACCAUCCUUUUCAUGUUAUUUAUAGCAUUCUAUAGCUUCCAAUAAGAGCAAAUUUAGCCGUC